AGCGGCGCAGUUGCGUGGAUGCUGCAGGCAAAGCAACAUCAAUCGUAAUUCCGCAACUAGACAGUUUAGCAAGCACGGUGCCUGAAUUGUGUCUGUGUAUGCCGGAUACAAAUAACGAAAUGUCCGAAUGCUUCAUCGAAAGAAGUGUAAAGCCUGCACCCUUUCCGUGUUACAUCAAAUUGAGUGCUUGAGUGGCAAUCCACGGUGUUUGGCGUGGAGAGCAAAACCUUCUUGCACUUAUGUGCAAAUAUGGUGUGUGUACUUGCUCGGUACUGCUGACCCACAUUUAUGGAAGGAAGUAUACAUGCAAAGAGGUUAUCGUACAUGCUGGGGGAUAGGGAAUAUGUAUAAACUCUUUUGAAUUAUACGAGGAAAACUGCAAUGCAAUUUUUAAAACGCUCGAUUAACAAACUUUUAACAAUAUGUAUUUACUUCAAUAAGUAAAAUGUGAUGGCCAUAAAAGACAUCGCGACGAUGACAAGUGAAAAUCGCUUCAGAUUGUCAAAUCGGAGUUUCUAAUUUGCAAUUAAAUGCAAAUGGCUAGUGUCUACAUGCAUUCAAAAGUAAAAUGUGAAAUGGUUUUCAAAUGGGCAUCGAUUACGCAAGCAAUGGAAUCUAAGCUAAUUUGGAUAAUAGCUAUAUUUUAUUCAACCCUUCAGCAUAUCGGCUCAGCCUCAUCGCCAU